CGCAUUGUGAUAACCGCUCAUAUGAUUUGUUAUCACCCAUUAUCAACCUAAUCAAAAUAACAAAUAACAUGAGUAAACUAGUUCCAAACAAUCAGAUAUAGUCGACUACCAUUUUCAAGUGUAUUUGCAUUCGAUGUUUUAAGUGUUGUACCACAAACGGACCGUUUUAAUUUUGUGUAGGUUCGAAAGUGGUUGUUCAAGGUUUUCGAUCGCGCUUUCUUUUGUGGUAUUAAACACUGGUUUACUUUUAACGAGGAUACUCUGUACGCAAUUUAAUUCGAUCGUUAAAUAGAUCACGCAAAAUAUUGUGACGUCAAAUUUGGUAAUAAGAAAACGAAAAGUGAAAUUCUAGGUACCCGUUUUAUAGGUAUCAUAAACAUAAUAAACUGCGACUUAACCUUACUUAUUCAAAUAAUGAAGUUAUCAGGAAUGUACCGUUUCGUAUAAUAAGGCAAGCUUCCAGCCAUGGAAUCGGAAGAAGCUCUGAGAUAUUAUAUAGAUGAAGUCAAGGAUACUCAACACGAUAUAAACAACAUAGUGGAUGAAGAAUAUGACUUUAACGAGGUCGAACAAGCCACCGACUUCUUGCAGAAGGCGGGCUUGACGAAUUUAUCUUAUUUACAUCAACAAGGCAAAGAAAUCUCGGAGAAUGUGCUCGUUAAUUCAGUUAAACAACGAAAUCUGACUGAAAUUCAAACGCAAACAAUUAGAUCUCGAGUGGCCACGUUAAACAAGACUUUAAGAAGUAGACAGCCACGAAGAAAACAUCGGCAAGAUGUGCGGGACGUCGCUUGGAAUCUUGAAACUUCAAGCACAGGAACAAGAUCGAGAAGUGCUACCCCGGACUCGUUAGACUCUGGGGACAAUGGCAAUUCUCACCACGAUGAUCUCACCUGGGACGAAGAGCAGCAAUUAACUUCGCUACCUCAUUUUUCUUUGGGUAACGCGCCUGCAAAAGUAAAAGUCAAAUGGACCUCAAGCGAACCGUGGCAAAGUAAGAGAUUCAGUAAAAACGAUAAAGGGGACGUAGCUCAUUUGGGUUCGGAAAAUGUGGUUUUAAAAGGUUAUCAGCCGCUUACGGAAAGCGGAUCUCUCACCAAAAUUCACAGGGAAAGAAGCGGAAGCGAUCCGACGACAGAAAUUCAUUUAAGUCCGCUCAAAAUUGAGAACGCGGAACUGUUAGAAAAACCAGGCGAUAUUGAAAUCGUCCAGGGUCCGAGUCAGGUCAAUACGAACCAUAAUUUUAGUCGCGUUUACAUCCAUUGCAACGAAUUGAAUGAUAAUAACGGUGCUCUUAGUUUUGAAGGACUCGUCAAGCAAAACGAAAACGUCAAACGUGAUAUACUUAAUUCGGAAUCGAACGAUGGAGUAUGCAUCGACGAAUUUAGUGAUAGCGAGUAUCAGUAUUUAAGACCACUGCUGUACGUGGAAUUAAUUGCCAUAUUUGACCAGUAUAAGAUAAAAUAUUCAAAGAAGAAGGCCAGUAAUAAAACGAAAGGUGGUAAUGUGUUCGGGGUGAACCUUUCCACGUUGGUAAUGCGCGAUAUGCCAAGACCGACCGACAACAGUAUGAUACCUCAAAUAUUUCAAACUGUUAUCGAUCAGUUGAACGCCAGGUGUUUAUGCGAAGAUGGUAUAUUAAGAUUGGCCGGACAAAAGCAAAAACUGGAAAGUCUUUGUUACGAAAUCGAAACGAAAUUUUACUCCAACAGGAAACACGUGGACAAUUUACUUCAAACGGCGACGGCUCACGAACUAACCGGAGUACUUAAAAAACUGAUUCGAGAUUUACCCGAUCCGAUUUUCACCAUGGAAUUUUUGGAUAUGUUUUACAAAACGGGGGAAAUUCCCAACACCGAGGAUCGAAUAAAAGCGUUAAAUCUGCUGGUGCUAUCGCUUCCGAUAGAACAUAGAAAUACGUUCAGGAUUUUAUUGGACCUUUUGCUCAAUAUUAUUAAACACGAAGCGCAGAACAGAAUGAAUUUGCAUAACGUCGCCAUGAUCGCCGCUCCCUCAUUUUUCCCGCCGAAAAUAUUGCUGCCCAAGGACAACAGGAAACUUUUCGAUAAGCCAAUCACGAAGGAGGAACUGACUAAACAAAUUAACGAUGCGGCCGUACGUUGUUGUAUCGUGGAAAAUAUGUUUAGCGCUAAGGAGAAGCUGUGGACCGUGCCCGAAUAUUUAGCUAUUCAAGCACGCGAAGCUCGUAAAAAAAAAGAAAAAGACAAAAAAUUGGGCAACGGCAAAGCGAAGCUAGUGAGGAGCAGCACUCAAUACGAGCCGACCGCGAGAUCAAAAAGGGAUAUUUUUGUUAAAUAAGCAAUAAACGAACCGCUCCAAAGUAUUAUCAAAGCAAUAUCAAAGCAGGACCAAUUUUUAUUAGGCUACGAAUAAGGUAUUCUUCCAGGGUUGUUAAGCGACCCCUUUGUUAUUAACGCAUUUAUCAUUUACAUAAGUUUUUUAAACCAAGACUGUUAGAAUACAUUUUUUUUUAAAACAUGCCGAAGAGCCGAUUGAAUUUUAAAUAGUUUACACAGAGACCCAGCUAAAGGUUGUCCUAGUACCUAGUCUUUACAUUACCAUAGCGCGAACUGAAAUCUCUCACCUCCUCGUACACCAAUAUAUGUUUGUAUAUUCUUUAACGAAGUUGUGAUGUUAUUAUUAAUAAGCAUAGACGUGUAUUGCGAAACAUUGUGCCAAAUUAAAAACAAUCCAUGCAAUAACGACGAUUAUUUAUACAAUUAAAAAUUAUAUUAAACUUA